AUGGGGGAGGAGUCGCCGGCGGUGGAGGUGCCGUCGUACUUCGUGUGCCCGAUCUCGCUGGAGAUCAUGCGGGACCCGGUGACGCUGUCGACGGGGAUCACGUACGACAGGGAGAGCAUCGAGCGGUGGGUGUUCACCGACGGCCACGGCGAGUGCCCCGUGACGAAGCAGCGGCUGGCGCCGGCGGACCGGGAGCCCACGCCGAACCACACGCUCCGCCGGCUCAUACAGGGCUGGUGCGCCGUGCACGCCGUCGAGAGGUUCCCCACCCCUCGCCCUCCCGUCGACGCCGCCCGCGUCACGGCCAUCGUGGAAGCCGCCGGGCCGCUCCGGAGGGGCCAGCAGGAGCUGAUGGCUUCGCUGGGGGAGCUCGCGGACAUCGUCGCCGAGAGCGACCGCAACCGGCGGUGCGUCCAGGGCGCCCCCGGCGCCGUGGAGUUCCUCGUGUCCGUCGUCAAGGAGCACGUCUGCGUCGAAACGACGUUCAAGAUUUCCCAGGACGAGGUAUGCGGCGUGCAGGAUUCUCCGAACGAGAGCUCGCCGGAGGAGGCGGCUCUGAUCAUCCUGCAUUCGCUUAAGCUCACCGAGGAGAGCCUCAAGAGGGUCUUAGAAGGCAGCGGCGGCGACGAUUUCUUGGACACCUUGGCGUGCGUCCUGCGGCGGCCGAGCUACCUCUCGCGGAUGCAAGGAAUCCAUCUCCUGAGAUCGGCGGUCUCGGCGAUGCCUCCCGCGCGGCUGACAUCGGCAAGCGCCGAGCUGGUCGACGGCGUGGUGAGGGUGAUCGCGGACAGGUUGUCGGCGAAGGCGGUCAAGGUGGCGCUCACCGUGCUCUGCCGGCUCUGCCCGUGGGGCCGGAACCGCGUCAAGGCGGUCGAGGCCGGCGCCGUGUCCGCGCUGGUGCGUCUCCUCCUCGACGAGGGCUGCGGCGGCUGCAACGGCGGCGGCGACCGGCGCGCGUGCGAGCUCGCCAUCGUGGCGGUCGACCAUCUCUGCGGCUGCGCGGAGGGUCGUCUGGAGCUGGUGGCGCACCCGGCGGGGCUGGCCGUGCUGUCCUGCGCGGCGACACGGCUGUCCGCCGCGGGGACCGAGAGCGCCGUCCGCGCGCUGCACGCCGUGGCGAGGCACUCCGCCACGCCGGCGGUGCUCCAGGAGAUGCUGGCCGUCGGGGUGGUGGCGAGACUGCUCUUCCUGCUGCAGGUCGGCGCCUCCGGCGACCGGACGAGGGCGAGGGCGAGGGAGAUGCUCAAGAUGCACGCCAGGGUGUGGAGGGACUCGCCGUGCUUGGCGUCGCAUCUGAAUGCAUCCUACCCUCGUUGAUAUCAUCGCAUGCAAGAUGCAACCAAGGAUGAAUCAGAGAUGGACAUUUCUCUUCUUGUCUUCUUCAUGAUCUGAAAACAGAUGAGUUAAAGGUUUAAUUAACCUUUUUUUUUUACUUUAGGUCUUCAUACGAUUUUUGAUGGAAAGAUUGUAUUAAUUGUUACAACAGGCCGGAAAUGUUUGAUGUUUAUAUAAAGUAGCUAGCUCUCUGAAGAUUAAUUGGAGAGGAUAUAAAAUCUCCAUAAGCUUGAAAAUCAAGUGUACAAUUUGAAAAACAACAUUUGGGUGAAAAUUUUGCAAAGAGAAUUAAU